GUACAUAUCAUGCCACGUGGGGGUUCAGGGCUACAGGUGACCGACAAAGAUCCCCCCUUUCUUCAUCAUCACCCUCACCCCACUCCAUCCUCCUCACACACACGCACACACACACACACACACACACACACACACACACACACACACACACACAACCUCAACCCCACCACCCCUCCUUCGUCUUCCUCGGGGCGGGCAGGGCUGCAGCAGUUUUAUGAACGGCACGGCUGCAUCAUGAUCCCUUCUCCACUGGAGCAGCUCCGAGCAGUUUCAUUGACAAACAUCCCGGCUGCUGCAUUUCUGUCACGGACGUUGUCGAGGAGCGGAGCAUCGCCGGGGGGAGCGGUGCAGAGCAGCAGCAGCAGCAGCAGCAGCAGCAAGGAGGAAGAAGCAGCUGCAGUCUUCAUCAACAACAACCGCCGGUGUGAGUCGCACCAGCUCAUACACACUAAGCUGUUGAUUCGCCACUUUGGACCCGGACUGGACCCUCACGCACGCCCUCCUCCUCCUCCUCCUCUUCCUCCUCCUCUUCCUCCAGGCACCCUCUCGGGCACAGUCAGAAGAAGAAGCACCUGAGCUGGGAUCCACAGCCUCAGUCCCUCGGAGCCCUCGGGGGGUGUGAGGCGGCGUCGUUAACGCGCACUCACUGGAUCAUCACUGGAUUUGUUUCAACCACUUCCAUGACGCGCCAGGACGCACCGAUGGAGGAUUCUGGACGGUUUUUGAAACCACGGACAUCUGCGGGACUGCAGCGGCCGGUGUGUGAUGCGAACUGAGCCGUGGGUGGUGUAGACCCCCUCCCAGCACCACACACACCCCCACCGCCUUAUCAGCGAACUCUUCCUGCGAGCGGGACGCACAGCCUGGUUUCACUCCACCGGGGGAACAUGUCCCGGGCAGCGGCUAUCGCCAGCUCCCUGAUCCGCCAGAAGCGGCAGGCGAGGGAGCGGGAGAAGGCGAACGCAUGUCGCGGCAGCAGCAGCCCGAGCAACAGCAAGGGCGCAAAUGAGAAACCGAGCAAGCUGAACGUGUUCUCGCGUGUCAAACUGUUUGGAUCGAGGAAGAAACGGAAGCGAAGGCGACCACCAGAGCCCCAGUUAAAGGGCAUUGUGACCAGGCUUUCCAGUAGCCAGGGCUUCCAGCUGCAGAUGCAGCCCGAUGGCACCAUUGAUGGAACCAAGGAUGAGGACAGCACAUAUGCUGUGUUCAACCUGAUUCCAGUGGGGCUUCGUGUGGUGGCAAUCCAGGGCGUCCAGACCAAACUCUACUUGGCAAUGAACAACGAAGGCUUUCUCUACACCUCUGAACAUUUUACCCCGGAGUGUAAGUUCAAGGAGUCCGUGUUCGAGAACUACUACGUCACCUACUCCUCCAUGCUGUACCGGCAGCAGGCCUCGGGCCGGGCCUGGUACCUGGGACUCAACAAGGAGGGAGGAAUCAUGAAGGGGAACCACGUGAAGAAGAACAAGGCCGCCGCACACUUCAUACCGAAACCGCUCAAAGUGGCCAUGUACAGGGAGCCCUCCCUCCAUGACCUGACAGAACUCUCUCGGUCCGGCAGUGGCACGCCGACCAAGAGUCGAAGCGCUUCGGCCCUACUUAACGGCGGAGGGAAAUCACCGAGCAACAAUGACUUAUCCUAGCCCCACACCCCUCACACACACACACACACAUUAAUGCACACAGACACAUGCGCACACACAAAUCUCAGGCGGAGGGAAGACGCCCAGCAACAAUACCUUAUUCUAGCCCCCUUAUACCCCACACAGACACACACAUACACAUGAAUACACAUCCAAGCACACACACACACACACGUGCAGUCACACACAGAUCUCAGGCCGAUAUGCCCACACAUCAGGCUGGUGAGGGUCAGGAGACGAGGAAAAUGGAGGAGGACAGGAAGGUGUUCUUCCACUUUCACGGAGCCCACUGUGACUGACUGUGAUGUAAAUAAAUCAAGGACAAUCAAGCCGUCUGACUCUGCUGCUCUGGUCUGCAGACGGACAGGACCUGUGAAUCUGUUCCCUUGACGACUCCUCCCGCCGGUGUGCGGCACCCAGACAGAACGAGGGAGGGAGAGGAGGAGGGAUGGAGAGACUCAGUCAGUCAGUCACACAGUCCUAUAAACAGACUGUUACAGAGAACCAAAGAGUCCAAGUAUUAGCUAACAAAGUUAUCGCUACAAAAAUAAGGCAAGUGACAAGAAAGAGCCACAAAGGGGAGGAGGAAGGUCUUUAUCUACUCUACCGUACGCUAUGUUUACACAGAGUUCAUGGGGUUAAGUCAUAUUUUUAAAAAUGGCAAUCGUAUUCCUCGUACACUUACAAGGACUGAUCAUUUGUUUGCAUGCAGGUGCGCCUGUGUGUGCGUGUGUGUGUGUGUGUGUGUGUGAGUGGUCAGGGUUAGCGUGCCAUGCUCUGCUCUUGCAGUGGGUGUGCGUUUGUGUGUGUGUGUGUGGGCAAUUGAGAGUGUGUGUGUGUGUGCACGCAUGUGUCUGGGGGGGUGGGAUUUUACCUUUUUAAGAUCUGUUGUAUAUCAGACAAAACUCCUGAGGGCUUUAGCAGGUUAAAAUAAGGUUUUACUGUAUAUGCUUCCAUGCUUACUUCUUACAAGCAAUGCUGUUGUUUAUCUUUCCGUUCGUUGUCGUUGUCCCUUGCUGUUUGUUUGUUUGUUUGUUUGUUGUUGCAUGGAAGCUUGUUGACCUCUGCUCAGUAGCAGCAUGCUGAAGGUCCUUUUUUUUCUGGUCUUACGUGUUCCUGACCAAGAGAGAACACUAGUGAGCCAAUAGUGUCAUACCACAACACUAGUGAACCAAUGUGAGGGUGUUAGAACACUACUGGACCAAUAGUAUUGCACCAGAACAUGAUUGGACAAAUGGUGUUGGAACAGAACUUUGGUGAACCAAUAGGAGCACAGACUUACGUAAUAUUUUGGUUCCUGCUUCGGACAAACUAGAAAUGCACUAAAUAAACUAUUUCUAAAGAAGUGAAGCCACUGUCUCUUCUUAUUCUGUUUAUGUUUUUAUCUCUUUUUAUUCACAGGUUAUCUUUUCCUGAUUCCUAGUUUGUAUUCACAAUAUCUCAAGAACGCCUCGGGGGGGAUUUUUUCAAAUUUGGGGCAAACAUUCAGUUUGAUUCAGAAAUGAACUGAUCAGAUUUUGGUUGUAGAAGGUCAAAGAGACAGUGACACCAUGUUCUUGGGAAUGUUAUAUAUCAAGAACACCCAUAGGAAAUUUGAUUUCUUGGAGCACAAGCAUUCGUUUGGACUCAACUGAAUCUGAGGGUCAAAGGUCACGGCGACCUCACAAAGCUUAUAUUUGGCCUCUUGAACUUGAUUUCUCAAAUCUGCCUUACGUCAAAUUCUGACCAGCUGUCACUUGGACUCAAAGAUGAACUGAUUAGAUUUCAUUGGUCAAAGGUCAUGGUGACCUCAUAUGAGUCUGGGGAGCAAAUGUAUGUAGCCUGAAGGUUGGUGCAGCAUUUAACUAGUUUAAUCUUGUUAUGUUGGUGUCUAUAAAAGUAUUAUAAAGAGGGUUACAUCAUCCAAAUGACAAGAAACACAAGUUAAUACUCAUCGUAUGCAGGGACCAUUGUUUCAAGAACAGGUGGAUUGGAAAUUGAGUCCCAUUGAAAAUGCGUUUACUCCUGUGUUUUAUCUCUUUGCCAAUGUAUCAUUAUGCAUAUGUGAAAUCUAUAGUAUUUAUCUCCUUUUUUACAUUAUUAUUUAUAAUCCAACGAAGUAUGAGAAUGUAUUUACACUAUACAAAGCCAGUGUGCAAUGCAUGAUUUGAAAAAAUAAAUAAUUCCCUGUUAAAACUA